CCGAACGAGGAGGAAGGAAAGGGCAUCCCUCCAUCCUUCUUCUAACCGCAGUUAGGGUUUUGGCACACUCCCCCCCCCCCCCCCCUCUCUCUCUCUGCGGAGACCUCUGAUUCGAAGUUCGCAGCACCAUGGCGCGUAACGAGGAGAAGGCGCAGUCGAUGCUGAACCGCUUCAUUACCAUGAAGGCGGAGGAGAAGAAGAAGCCCAGGGAGCGCCGCCCCUUCCUCGCCUCGGAGUGCCGGGACCUCUCGGAGGCCGACAAGUGGCGGCAGCAGAUCAUGCGGGAGAUCGGCCGGAAGGUCGCCGAGAUCCAGAACGAGGGGCUUGGGGAGCACAGGCUCAGGGACCUCAAUGACGAGAUCAACAAGCUCCUCCGGGAGAAGACGCAUUGGGAGCGGCGGAUUGUGGAGCUCGGCGGGCCCAAUUACACGAAGAACGCCCCCAAGAUGACUGAUUUGGAGGGGAAUAUUGUCGAUGUUCCAAACCCCAGCGGCCGUGGCCCGGGGUACCGCUACUUCGGGGCCGCCAAGAAGCUGCCUGGUGUUAGGGAGCUGUUUGAGAAGCCACCGGAGCUUAGGAAGAGGAGGACGAGAUAUGAUAUCUAUAAAAGGAUUGAUGCCAGUUAUUAUGGGUACAGGGAUGAUGAGGAUGGGGUGUUGGAGAGAGUGGAGGGUCCGGCAGAGGCAAAGAUGAGGUCAGAGGCUGUGCAAGAGUGGAAGAGGAUGGAGGAGAUAAGGAAGGAAGCCAAGAAGGCAGUGAAGAGUGCAGAAGUGGUGAACCUCAAGGAGGUGCUGUUCGAGGAAGAAGAAGAUGUGGUGGAGGAAGAGAGAAGGAUGGAGAGGGAGAAGGAAGAGACUGAAAGGAGGGAGAGGGAGAGUGAGUUUGUUGCCCAUGUGCCGUUGCCUGACGAGAAGGAGAUCGAGAGGAUGGUGGUUGAGAAAAAGAAGAUGGAGUUGCUGAAUAAGUACGCCAGCGAGAUGCUGUUGGAGGAGCAGAGCGAGGUUAAGGAAAUGCUAAAUAUCCAGCGGUAGCUGGUUGCCUCUAUGACGUUUGGCAUAUACUCCAUAAGAUUCUACACUGCUUGCUUUUCGCAAGAAAAUUGCACCUCUGAUCUGUCGGUUGAACUGCUCAAUAUCAUCUUUCAGAAAGUCAGGAACGCUCCCCCCCUUGAAUUUGAAUUGUAGCGAAGUUGCUCUAGCUGUAGUAAUCCUCUGUAGGAUUUUUGUAUAUGAGUAGUUUUGUGAUACUCGAGUAAAGUUCACUUGAUUAAAGUUUAUGAACAGUUGGAAAAUUUCCGAAAAAUUUACAGUCAUCGCGAUUAUCUAUUGAACUA